AUGGCCAGAUUCGAACCCAAGUACAGUGCUGAGAUCCAGCAGAUGAUGUUCUGCGCUGGCGAAAAACAGGACGUUUCAAACGAAACCCUGGCUCUCAUCGAAGAAAUCGUUCGCAACCAGGUCAUCCAUCUACUAACCACCGCCAACGACCUUGCUGCUCGCCGUGGCCAAAGAGCCUUCUCCAUCAACGAUAUUAUCUUCCAAAUCCGCCACGAUCGACCUCGACUCGCACGCGUACAAGCCCUCAUCCGCUGGCGAGCCAUCCGCAGAGCAGCCAAUAAGAAGAGCAACGAUAGCGGAGAAAUAGAUUUUGACGAUGCAGAGGAUAUUGAAGAUGUUCUCGGUAGUUCCAUCGCUGAUUGUUUCUCAAAGAAGAAAAAGACAGAGACUGCAGCAGCUCUGCUUCCCUGGGACGUGGACUUUUUCUUCCCGGUUCAACCCCCUGGCGGCGCAAGUAACGAAACCCUGCUCAAUGAGUCAAGCAAAGAUUCCCUCGAGAGGCUCCGCUGGGCGGAUGAGAUAACGAAAAACAUGACCGCGGAGGAGUACGCCAAGUACGCCGACUAUCGACACGCGUCUUUCACAUCUCGCAAAAAAGAGCGGUUCCGCAAGUGGGCUGGUAUAGGCGUCAUCGCAGAGCCAAGGAAGAAAGAAGACAUCCUAGAGAUUACAGGCUUCCUGGCGGCUGAGAUGGUCAAGAAGCUGACAGACUUGGCACUGUCGAUCCAGGACAACGAGCUGACGGCUCAACGAAGAAAGAUGGAUCAGGCAGCGCCGCUGGGGAAUAGACGGUUUGGGCUUUUUGUGCCGCUGGAUCCUGAGAGGCCGCCGGUUGAUGUGAGGCAUGUUCGGAGGGCGUUUCAGCAGACGCAGAGGAGGCCUAAGAUGAGGCGGGUUCAGUUGCAUAGAAUUGCGAAUAGGAAGACGUUGGAGCUGAUUUGA